ACGGUUCCAAGCAGCACAGAGACUCCAGACCCUCAGAGGAGCUCCAGUCACCCGAAUGACCGCACCGUUAACCGAAGCACAGAGUUCACAUCUCACCAUGGAGAGCCGGAUCAGACCCCUCGGCCUGUCCGCUGCCGGUCCGCUCGGAGGCCUCCAGGUGCCCCCGUCCCUCCUGCGCCCUCCUCCUCCGCCUCCUCUCUUCCUCCGGGCCUGUAACCCGGCGCUGGAGAGGGGAUACCCGCGGACCCCGAAAUGCGCCCGAUGCAGGAACCACGGCGUUGUGUCUGCCCUCAAAGGCCACAAGCGCUUCUGCCGCUGGAGAGACUGCGUGUGCGCAAAGUGCACGCUGAUAGCGGAGAGGCAGCGGGUGAUGGCGGCGCAGGUGGCGCUCAGGAGGCAGCAGGCUCAGGAGGAGAGCGAGGCCCGGGAGCUGCGGCUGCUGUACCAGGGAGGGGACGCAGGGAUCCCGCAGGGGCCACCAGUAGGAGCCGGUGUCCCUGCAGCCUCCAGCAACACCCCAGCAGCUCCGUGUUUUGACGUUUUUGGAACCGAGAACCACAAAGAUGAGGACAAAUUAAACAAGUAUAACUUUUAUAACGGAUUCAUGGGUCGGCCUUUCUUCGCUCCCCGGCUGUCCUCUCCAAUCGACAAGCAGCAGCAGCAGCACCUGUCUCCCAGCCGGGACACCUCCGCUCCGCUCUCCGGUGACAGCGCGAGUCCAUCCCCGAUGUCCGACCAGCGCUCUGACCACACAGACAGUCCACACAGGUCGCUCUCCUCCUCGGAUCCGGAGUCUUCGGGCAGCGAGUCGGAGAAACCGAAGGACUACCCGAACCCGGAGCGGGACCCCACCGACAUCAUGGCCAAGAUCUUCCCCCAGCAGAAGCGGGACACUCUGGAGUCUAUGGUGAGGACGUGCAAAGGUGACAUAGUGAAAUCCAUCGAGCUGGUGCUGAGCUCCAAGGAGAACAAACUGGACUCUGAUGGCACGUCUGGUCUCCAGAGCGCCCUCAGGCCUUCUGUCGAGCUGCCCGGAGCGCUCGGAACUCUGGGGAACAAGUCCGCCUUCUCCCCGCUGCACAUGCCUCCGGUGGCGGCAGGAGACGGUCUGUUCGGCCUCGGUCCCCGCCUCGGUGUCAGCCCCCUACGGCUCGCUUAUUCUGCUGCCAACGGCGGCAUGGCCAGCUUCAUGUCUCCGUACAUGAGCUCCGGACUGAUGCCGGUGUUUCCGCUGCGUCCUGCGCCGCUGGACUCUUAUUCCUUCCCAGGAAUGAUCCGAGAUCUUUCUUACCUCCAGAGCAAAGAGUCUCUGUGCAGCUCAGGCCUUUACACAAGACUCAACAGUGAGAAAUGACAAAUAAAUACUGACUCAUAAAACAUGUUCAUUGAUGAUGUAAAGCGUCUUUCAGAUUUACUUUAAGUGCCUCAGUUAAGAUUCUUCUCAAACUUGUUUGUUUUUUAUAAUGUACAUUUAGCAAAGAUUCUUUAUUGAUAAUAAACAUAUUUUGUUGCUUAGCA